AUGGAUGACGUCGCCGCGUCAGAGCAACUCAUGAGCGAAAAGGGCACGCGCAUCGGCGCCGCCGGCUCCAUUGGCACCCUCUCCCAGGUCGACGGCAGCCAGGACGCCUCUCCUCUCAUCCAGAAGAAGCGCAAGCGAAACAGCGCACUCGGUCUGACGAAGAAGAGUGUCGCGACUCCUCCAGCCAAAGGCAUGCUCGCCCAGAACGACGUUCCAGCGUCAUCUCCUUUUCCCUUUCCCGCGACGCAACCAGAGCCCGAGUCGCCUGCUGCCGAUGCUCUCACCCACUCGACCGCAGUCGAGGUACCUGACUCUCAAAUUCCCGGGCGACCCGCGCAACCGACUGCCUCUUCGCCCAUGUCCAGCCACGUCAUCCCGUCCAGCGCAACCAAAGGCAAACGCACAUACAAGCAGAGCAAGCAGUCCAAGCGCGAUCGGGCUAUCAGCGACGCUAUGCAAGACGGCGAUAUAGACCAGGACGGAGACACGACCAUGAUGGCAGACCAGGCAGCCUCGCCGUCGCAUACGGCAUCGAGAAACAAGCGCGCUCAAGAAGUGGACGCGCCGGAGUCGAACGACGCACAUACACGCAAAGCUGCUGCAGUGGGCGCUGAUGGAACACCCUCAUCGGCUAAGCGGCGGAAGAUUGGUACGCCAAAGUCGCUGACUACACUUCGAGACCUUAUUGGAGGCGGGGAAGACGAGGACGCCGAGCAACCACGGACCGUCCAGAAGUCGAAACUAAAACGAAUCAAGAAGCCGCAAACCCCCGUCGCGAAAUCGAGAAACCUCUACGAGAUCCCCGACGACGAUCCGCGUCCCACGAACGGAGAGGCAAGCAGCGCGCAGACAGCUACGCCUAAGCCGCGUCUCAGUUUGAAGAAGACCAAGAAGAACAAGGACAUUAUCAACAACCAGCCUACUCCGGUUCGCACGCCUGCUCAGCCGUCGGGCGAAGCAGAAGACGAGGACAGCAUCAUGCGAGAGCCCGUCUCCAGUGACGAGGCAGACGUUGGUCCACCGUCCGGUGAUGACCACAGCGAUUUCAAAGAGAAGAAGAAGACAAAGAAGAGGCGGUCAUCUGCGAGGAAAGCAAAACCAAGGCGGGAGAGCGGUCGAUACAGCUUCACCUGGAAAGAUCCUCCAUCUGGUACCGCGGCAGAGAGAGCAUUGAAUACCGAGCACGACCUACAACAUCCACCUGAUCUACGAAGCGCCGGUGACUUCACCGCAGACGAGGAAGAGCUCAUCCGUCGAGCUAUUGUAGACUACCAACAGAGGAAAGGCUUGGAGGUGUCUGAGCUUGUGGACAUCAUACAAUGGAAUCCAACUGACCCCAGCUUCAACACUGGAGAUGGAACUAUAUCGUCAAAGAGCGAGUGGUCGCCGCAGGACGUCGAGGACUCGCGUGAAAGCGCCGAAUUCUGGGACGACAUCAAGCACCUCCGCACAGAACGCUCGCACGACAGGCUGAGAAGACACAUCCGUCAGACAUACCAUCAGUUCAAGAGGGGAGUAUGGACAGAAGAGGAAGACAAACGGCUAAAACAGUUCUACGGGAUGCACCCCAACAAGUGGAAGGUCAUUUCAGUAGGCAUGGGGGAUCGCUCCAUGCACGACUGUCAAAACAGGUGGCGCGACUACUUGCAAUAUGGUGACAAGCUCAAGUCUUCGCGCUGGGACGAAGAAGAGGAGGAGCUCUUCAUCCGCGCCGUCACAACGGUUGCUCAACGAGACGAAGACCACCGCGCCGAAGAAGGACUACCGCCCGUGGACGAAUACACGAUCAAAGACAUCAACUGGCAGCAGGUCAGCCGCGAGAUGGACAACACUCGAAGCCGGAUCCAAGUUGUACAGAAGUGGAGGAAUCUGCAGAAGCGCGAAUCCCCGCCAGAGAUUGAGGUCGAACGCAAGCCGAGGAAGGAGAAGCCUGCUGCUUCUAAAUCUGCGAUUCCCGAGCCUACUCCCAAGAAGCGCGGACGGCCAAAGGGAGAGGCUGGCGCAACACCCAAACCCAAUCCUCGCUCUGCCAAGUCACAGGACGUCAUCGACAACUCGGAUGAUGAAGAAGCCCAGGCCUUGCCGCCGCCCAAGAAAGCCAAGCGGCCAAGGAAGAGCGAAGGCUCGGAGGUGAAGAAGCCCAAGAAGUUCCGCACGGCAGAGACCGACGAGAUUGUUGACAACACCGACGAAGAAGGACAAGCCAGCAAGGAAGCGGACAGCCCACCGAAGAAGAAGAAACGUAGAAAGUCCAAGAAGAGCGAGGUCACAGAAGCCGCCGACGACGAUGAGAAGUCACGCCCAACCAAGACGCGGGAUGUCAUUGAGAACUCAGAUGAGGAGAUGGUUGACGCCGAUCAGCAAUCGAAGGUCUCGCCACCGAAGAAGAAGCGUGGACGACCACGGAAAAGCGAGGGUAUCGAAGCCAACGAGGAUCAAAUGCCCCGCCCGACUGAGUCAGGGGAUGUCAUUGCGAACUCGGAUGAGGGCGCCGGUGUCGACCAGCAAGCCGCGACUUCGUCGCCGUCCAAGAAGCGUGCACGCCCCCAGAAGAGCGAUACUCUGGAAUCGAACGAACCGGAGACGCGUACCGAGCCCGAAGUUUCCGAGGAGUCAGUAGCAGAUCUGGAGCUUGCAGAUGAGGAUCAGUCCGAGCCCGUGGAAGGCGUCGACAGAGUCGUGGAGGAAACCCAGCCAGUUGUGCAGGAAACCCAAAUCGAUCCGGCUCUGAUAGAUCCAGCUCUGGACUCGAAUCGUACUCAAUCACCGACAACUGGUGAUGACGCCGAGCAGGAGAUUGAGGAGCCAUCCGAUGAAGACGAACCUUUCAGCACCGCACCGAUCAUCUCCCCAGAGCAACCACAGACGGCCGGCAACGAUGAAGCACAACAGGAGAACGAGGACUCAAUCGAGGACGCCGACCCAAUCGAAGACGACGAAGAUCAACACAGCGUUGUGUCGAGCAGCUCGUCACAGGACUCGGACGACGACCAGUCCGAGCAGGACAGUAAAGUCUCAGCGCCAACAGAGAACGAUGAGCUUCCCGGUGAGGAGGUACAGCCUCGCGUCAUGUCGACUGAACAAGAUGGUCCGAAACAGACUUUAUCCACUGGAGACAAGAUGCAAUGGGGCGACAAGUACGAUCUGAUCGCGAGCCUGCAAAACCAUCGCGAUGACCGUGAAGAAGACGGAGACUUCAAUUGGGACAAGAUCGCAGAAGAAGUGGCAGAAGAGCGCAAGUACAUUUGGACUCCGCAAGUACUGCAAACCGCAUUGGACCAGCUGAUCCAACUUCUCCGCGACAACUGCAAGGAAGUGGAUGAGGAUGAUCUGGACGGGACGGUGGAUGACAUUAUGGAUUUUAUCUCCAGUGAGCAUGGAGAGCAGAUUGACGAGUACUACGACCUUUCAUAG